AUGACUGUUCCUAGACUUAAGAGAGCGCAUUCAAGCAUGUCAUCGUUUAAUGACCGAUCAUCGAAGAGACAUGAUUCUAACCAUAGCGAAAUGGAUAAUGAAUCCGAUACAGAAAUACCUGAUGUCCAUGAACCAGUGGUAGAUUUAUCUCUCAAUCCUAAAUGGCAAAAUACUAUAGCUGAAGUUGUUCAAGCUGUAGUUUCAAUCCAUUUUUCUCAAGUAGCAUCAUUUGAUUGUGAUUCCGCAUUGGUGUCAGAAGCAACUGGCUUCGUCGUUGAUAGUAAAAUGGGUCUAAUAUUGACCAAUAGACAUGUUGUUGGAGCUGGACCGUUUGUUGGUUAUGCUGUAUUUGACAAUCAUGAAGAGUGUGAUUUGACUCCAAUAUAUAGAGAUCCUGUUCAUGAUUUUGGCUUUUUAAAAUUUGAUCCAUCUAAAAUAAAAUACAUGAAUAUAAAAGCUUUGGAGUUGCGUCCUUCACUAGCUAUUGUUGGAUCAGAAAUUAGGGUUAUCGGUAAUGAUGCAGGUGAGAAGUUAAGUAUUUUGUCCGGCUUUAUUAGUAGGGUAGACAGAAAUGCACCUGACUACGGUGAGCUCUCAUACAAUGAUUUUAACACGGAAUAUAUUCAGGCAGCUGCAUCCGCUUCAGGUGGUUCAAGUGGUUCCCCUGUCGUGAAUAUAGAUGGUUACGCAGUUGCUCUGCAGGCUGGUGGGUCAACAGAGGCGUCAACUGAUUUCUUCUUGCCUCUAGAUAGAAUAUUGCGAGCUUUGCGUUGCAUACAGUCCAACACUCAAAUAACAAGAGGUACUAUUCAGACGCAAUGGUUGUUGAAACCUUAUGAUGAGUGUAGAAGAAUGGGAUUGUCAGCGGAACGUGAAAGGAUUGCGAGGAAGCAUUCCCCUACUAAAAUUGGCCUAUUAGUUGCAGAGACAAUAUUAAGCGAAGGUCCUGCUGAGGGUAAGAUCAAGGAAGGUGAUAUUUUAAUUUCUAUAAAUGACCAGAUGAUAACUUCAUUCAUUCAAGUCGAUUCUAUCUUGGACGAAAAUAUUGGAAAUACAAUUAAGAUAUUAGUUCAAAGGAGUGGCGAAGAUGUUUCCGUUGAAUGUUGUGUUGGUGAUUUGCAUGCUAUUACACCUUCAAGGUAUGUUGAAGUUUGUGGUGCUACAUUCAAUGAACUUUCUUAUCAAUUGGCAAGGUUUUUUGCUAUACCUGUUAAAGGUGUAUUUCUCAGUAGUGCAACAGGUUCUUUCAAUUUUGACACAAAUGAAAAAGUUGGAUGGAUUGUCGAUGAAGUAGAUAACAAACCUACUCCUAAUUUAGAUUCAUUCAUCGAAGUCAUGAAGAAUAUUCCAGACUGUUCAAGGGUUACUGUUAGAUACCAUCACUUGAUUGACCAGCAUUCUUCACAUGUGGCAACAGUUUUCAUAGACCGUCACUGGUUUACCGAAUUCAGGCUCUAUGAAAGAAACGACGAAACCGGUAUUUGGGACUACACCAACUUAGGAAAUGUAAUUCCUUCGCUACCAUUAAAACCACAGUCAGCGAAGUUUAUUGACCUACCAGUUAGUAAUCCAAAACUUGCGAAGUUGUCAAGAAGUUUGGUUACAGUAUCGUCAACGGGACCUAUUCCCAUCGAUUCACUUGAGCCUGAACAGCGGAAGGGAUCUGGUCUUAUUAUUGAUACCCAACACGGCUAUGUGCUAGUAUCCAGAAGAAUUGUACCCUACGAUUGCCUUGAUGUUUUUGUCACAUUUGCUGAAUCCGUUAUAAUCCCUGCCUCCGUGGAAUUUUUGCAUCCAACUCAGAAUUAUGCUGUUGUUAAAUAUGAUCCAGCCCUUAUUAUAGCUCCCUUGGAAUCUGCGCGAAUUGCAGACGUAAGGUUGAAACGUGGAGAUAAAAUUCAAUUUAUUGGAUGUACCAAUAGCUUCAAAACUGCUUCUUGUGAAACUACAGUUACGGAUAUAUCUUCUUUGAGUAUCCCUUGCAAUAUGGUUCCAAGGUAUAGGGCCACUAACUUAGAAGCAAUCUCUAUCGAAUCAAGUAUCGGAUCAAGAUUCCAGUCGGGAAUUUUGGCUGACGAUGACGGCACAGUUAGAGCCCUUUGGCAAGCAUUUUUGGGUGAAAAACAGGAUGAGAAAGAUAAAAUAUAUCUAAUGGGUUCUGAUCUUGUGGAUAUGGCAGAUGUUAUCAACAUCUUUAGGAAUGGUAAGAAGCCCCGUGUAAGUAUUGUAGAUGCUGGGUUUGGAUCAAUUUCAGUGCUACAGGCAAGAUUUAGAGGUGUUCCUGACGAAUGGAUCACCAGGAUGGAAAAUGAAUCUGAAACUAGGCUACAAUUCAUCGCCGUAACAAGAGUUUCUUAUACUAAAGAAAAGGAAAAGCUUGAAAAUGGUGAUGUUAUUCUCUCGCUCAAUGGUAACUUGGUUAAACACAUGCGGGAUCUACAAGGGAUAGUUACCGCUACCGACGAUCCUCUCGUGGAACAUAUACUUGACUUCAAAGUCGUGAGAAAAGGCAAAAUUGUGGACUUAAAGAUAAAAACAGUAAACAUAGAGGAGACAUCUAAACUGGCUAUUUUUGCAGGAUGUAUUUUGCAAGCUCCUCACCAUGCUGCCAGACAAGCAAUGCAGAAAAUACCAAAUGGUGUAUAUUGUACUUACAGAGGUGAAUCAUCCCCAGCCAUGCAAUAUGGAAUUGCAGAAACGAACUUUAUUACACAUAUUAAUGAGAUAGAGACACCCAACAUAGACAAAUUCCUCGAGGUUGCCAAAACUAUUCCAGACAAUACCUACUGUAAAUUGCGUUUAGCCUCCUUCGACAACGUUCCAUUUGCCAUUUCGCUGAAAACAUCUUACCACUACUUCCCCACCAGCGAACUUGCCAAGGACCCCGUAACAGGAAAAUGGAUUGAACACCAUUACAAUCAGACUCCUGCAGCAAAUUAA